AUGGAUGAAGAGACUCCACUGCUGAACAAAAGACAAUCGUCAUCCAGCGCAGAGAUUAAAAACUCCAGGUUGUUCCUGGCCGUUUUCUCGGCCGUCCUGGGGAACUUCAGCUUCGGUUACUCCCUGGUCUACUCGUCUCCUGUCCUGCCUCGGUUCACUGGUCCUGAUGCGGAGCCCCGCCUCCGGAUGGACAACGUGCAGGCAGCCUGGUUUGGCUCUCUCUAUUCUCUGGGCGCGGCAGCAGGUGGGCUGGGCGCCAUGCUGCUCAAUGACUGCACUGGAAGGAAACUGAGCAUCAUGAUAUCAGCUGUGCCUUCAGUUUUUGGGUACCUGCUGAUGGGAGGAGCAGUGGAUUUAUGGAUGCUCCACGUCGGUCGGUUCCUCACUGGUGUUGCUGGAGGAAUGACUGCAGCAUCCAAUCCUGUCUACAUCGCUGAGAUUUCCCAUGAAGGGGUGAGAGGAGCUUUUGGUUCCUUCCCACAGAUCACGACUGUGAUUGGUUCUCUGGCACUUUACGCUCUUGCUUUGGUGGUACCGUGGCGGUGGCUGGCAGUGGCCGGUGGAAUUAUCCCUCUUCUGAUGGUUGUGCUGUUGUUGUUCAUGCCCUGCUCCCCCAGAAGGCUCCUCUCUCUGGGCCAGCAGAAGCAGGCUGAGCAGGCCCUCCGCUGGCUCAGGGGAAGUAGCUUCGACAUACACAGCGAACUCAAUGCAAUACAGCACAGCAUCGACACACAGACGAGAAUCACCUGGUCCCAGCUGCUUACACCUGUGUACUACAAGCCAAUCCUCAUGUGUGUGACGAUGCGAUUUGUGCAGCAAAUGACAGGAAUAACGCCUAUCCUAAGUUACCUGGAGUCUAUCUUUGCUGAGAAUCAAGGCCCUUCUCAGCCGAGCGCUGAUGCUGCCAUUGUUGGUGGAGUCCGCCUCCUGUCUGUGACUCUGGCUGCCUGUUUGAUGGACAAAGCAGGACGCAAAGUCCUGCUGUACAUAUCCAGCAUGCUGAUGUUCCUGUCCACUCUGACUAUGACCCUGGUGUUUCACAACCCAGCUUGUCCGCCAGGCCCCACCCCUCCAAACACCACUACUUUGGACUCCGGCCUUCAAAGUGACAUUGGAAACACUUUAGUUGGCAGCCAUCAAGCAGCAGCAGGCCUCAUUCCUCUCAUCAGCACUAUGGUUUUCAUAUUUGGAUACGCCACCGGAUGGGGCCCAAUCACGGGGUUGCUAAUGUCAGAGGUGUUGCCACUGGCUGCCAGGGGUGUGGCUUCAGGUGUGUGUGUCACCGUCAGCUGGCUGACGGCCUUCAUGAUCACAUACGUCUUCAAGCACUUUAUGCACGGGUACCUGUACGUGCUCUACCUGUGCUUCACCGUGGUGUGCGUCCUCUGCCUGCUGUUCAACGCCAUGUGCAUCCCAGAGACUCGCGGCCGCUCACUGGAGGAGAUCGAGGACUUUUAUAGGAGGGGACAGUUCACCAUCCAUCAGUAUGAUCAGAGUCCACCUGAAGCCAAGCAGUGAUGAAACAAAAAAACUAAAUAACAUGAAACAGGUUCCUUUGGACCUUCACUCCCAUUCAGAUCCAACCAAAUACUUGUCAGAUGACUGACAGUGUUCCCUGUAUAGUUCACAUACACUCCCAUUGUUAUAGAAUGAGUCUUCAGCUGGACUGAAUAAGAUCGGAGUUAAUUAAUGCUGCCCAGCAUUUUUUUAAAUGUCUCCCUGCUACAACACACUGGCUUAAAAUGUCUGUGCCGUUAACAAGCUAUUAGUGAUUCAUUCAUACAAAUGAAAAGUGGAGACAGGAAGACAUCUAAAGCAUGAAGGGCACGGCUGGGAUCGAGAUUGAGUAACUGUAUAUUUUCCUUUUAGUCAGACAGGUUUUUUUUUUUGUUUUUUUGUCACACAACAUUAGAAAAAAAUCCAGAAAGUUUUGUGUUUGCAGCACAGUGUGGGUCAGUGUGACCAGCCAAUGUUUACAGAGAUUUCGAACAAAGGGAAAACAUGUGACAGUCACGGUUGAUGCACACAGGUAAAACUAGUGCAACAAUGACUGAAACGGAACAAACAGGGCUUUAAAGCGGCCAAGUAUAGGGGACCA